CCACGGCUCCCGAAUCCUGCUGGUCCGCUUGCCAGUCUGCUGGAGAGAGGAGCGGCGGGAAGGAAGAGGAACGCGGGGACACGCACACCGGCCGCGGCGCGCGCGCAUUGCACACUCGCAGCAGCGCGUCCCCGUCACCGCGUGUCCGAGCCGAGUGUGGCCCCGCGGCAGGGCCCGGCACCUGCCCGCCUCCGCCUCUGUCCCGGCUCCGCCCCGCCUGCUGCCCGCCGCAGCCACCAGGGAACCCGCGACAUCCCGACAACUUGCCCGCCCGUGGCGCAACUGGUCUUGGCCGCCUAGGUUCCAGCACGCCGGCCGGGGGAGGAACCUGGGGGGACAAAAGCAGUGUCAAUGAUGAAUAGGCCACCAGUCGCUACCAACUACAGAUGACUUGCCGUUUUAUUUACAAAGAUGUCGUCAGCUGCUGAAAAUGGAGAUACAGUUCCUGGAAAACAAAACGAAGAAAAAACCUACAAAAAGACCGCAUCAUCAGCUAUUAAAGGUGCUAUUCAGCUGGGAAUAGGAUACACAGUGGGAAAUCUCACCUCCAAGCCAGAACGUGAUGUCCUCAUGCAAGACUUUUAUGUGGUGGAAAGUGUGUUCCUACCCAGUGAAGGUAGCAACCUGACCCCGGCCCAUCACUACCCAGACUUCAGAUUUAAGACCUACGCUCCACUGGCCUUCCGGUACUUCCGAGAACUCUUUGGUAUCAAGCCUGAUGAUUACUUGUACUCCAUCUGCAGUGAGCCUCUGAUAGAGCUGUCCAACCCUGGAGCCAGUGGGUCCUUGUUUUUUGUGACCAGCGAUGAUGAAUUUAUCAUCAAAACCGUUCAGCAUAAAGAAGCAGAGUUCUUGCAAAAGUUGCUGCCGGGCUAUUACAUGAAUUUAAACCAGAAUCCAAGGACUCUUCUGCCAAAAUUCUAUGGACUGUAUUGCAUGCAGUCAGGCGGCAUCAACAUCCGCAUUGUAGUAAUGAACAACGUACUGCCGAGGGCCAUGAGGAUGCACCUGACCUAUGACCUGAAAGGGUCCACGUACAAGCGAAGAGCAUCCCGAAAAGAGAGAGAGAAACCCAACCCCACGUUUAAGGACCUGGAUUUCCUGCAGGACAUGCAUGAGGGGCUGUAUUUCGAUACAGAAACAUACAACGCCCUUAUGAAGACACUGCAGAGAGACUGCCGGGUGCUGGAAAGCUUCAAGAUCAUGGACUAUAGCCUUUUGCUGGGAAUCCACAUCUUGGACCAUUCCCUUAAAGACAAAGAAGAGGAGCCCUUACAAAAUGUGCCCGAUGCAAAGCGGCCUGGGAUGCAGAAAGUCCUCUACUCCACAGCCAUGGAAUCCAUCCAGGGUCCAGGCAAGUCUGCAGAUGGGAUCAUUGCAGAGAAUCCAGACACGAUGGGAGGCAUUCCAGCUAAAAGCCAUAAGGGAGAAAAACUACUUUUAUUCAUGGGCAUUAUUGAUAUCCUCCAAUCAUAUAGGUUAAUGAAGAAGUUAGAACAUUCCUGGAAAGCUCUUGUUUAUGACGGGGACACUGUUUCAGUUCAUAGACCAAGUUUUUAUGCAGAUAGAUUUUUAAAGUUUAUGAAUUCCAGAGUUUUCAAGAAAAUUCAAGCUCUGAAGGCCUCACCUUCUAAGAAACGAUGCAACUCCAUUGCUGCAUUGAAGGCAACCUCCCAGGAGAUUGUGUCCUCUGUCACUCAGGAGUGGAAGGAUGAGAAGCGUGAUUUGUUAACUGAAGGACAGAGUUUCAGCAGCCUGGAUGAAGAAGCCCUGGGAUCCCGACACAGGCCCGACCUGGUACCCAGCACUCCAUCAUUAUUUGAAGCUGCUUCCUUAGCGACCACAAUCUCAUCAUCCUCCUUAUAUGUCAGUGAACCCUGUCCACAUGACAGGACUACGCUUUAUUCGAACAGCAAAGGGUUACCUUCCAGUUCAACCUUCACCUUGGAAGAGGGGACCAUCUACCUGACUGCUGAGCCAAAUACUCUGGAAAUACAGGACGACAAUGCCUCUGUACUGGAUGUCUAUUUAUAAAUAAAAGUGAUAGCCACCUCAGCAUAUGGAUGGGACCUGAACACAGCUGUGGGAGAGAACUUUCCCCACUGCAGAAUUCUCCAGAGGAACUGGGCUGAGCUCCAGCAUGCACAGUAAGAAUCAACUGGACCUUCAAGCUCGUGAGAUGUCGGGGGAAUCCUGGUCCAUGGCUGGUCGGCAGGUGGAUGUGAAAACCGCACACUGUCCUGUGGCUGCUGUCGCUUCCUGACUGUGAAGAAACUGCAUGAACUAUACCUAAGCUGCUUUUCUAUGCCAUUGCCAAUCACCCUUCUGGACUGGGGAGUGCUAUUUUCCUAUAAGCUCUUGCAUUGUUUCGUUUUGCAUGCACAUAGUGAUUACACACAAGCAAUAUGUGGAAUCUGCUUCUAUAUUUUUUAAAAAUCCAUCCAUGCAAAAUGAUAAUUAAGAUAUAAAUCCUCUGUUUAAAAAAAAAUCUCUAAUCAUGGGAUGAUUAGAACCAUGUCAUUGAAAGGUUCAAUCUGUUUCCUUUAAAGAUCAGUAUAAUAGGUCUGCCUUUACUUUAUAGAAAGCUAGCUUCUAUAAAGAUUUUUUUUCACUGUUUACUAGUGAAAUGAGAAAAAGCAAAGUUAUUUAUAAAAGGCCUUAUGUCAUGUAUAUACAUUGUCUUUGAAAUACUUGUGAUUUAGUUUAUUGCUUGUAAAAGAGAAAUUAUAUAAUUUAUUUAGUAAAUAUUACUGUAAACUAUAGUUUUAUUGAAAGAAAUAAAAUAUUUUGUUCUCAA